AUGCCCUCCACGCUACUCACUGUGCUUAGUGCUCUUCUCAGCUUCGCGACCCUCGUCUUGUCUUUAGGAACGUCGUGUUCUGCACCUCUCGGUGCUGGAACCGCUGCGCCAACUGAUCCCUACUGGAUGCAGAACAUCAAGCAUCAGGGUACGGCUGCAUUUAACUCUAACCCAAGUGGUUACCAGGUAUUUCGCAACGUCAAGGAUUUCGGUGCCAAAGGCGAUGGUGUUACUGACGACACCGCUGCUAUAAAUAAUGCCAUCUCAUCGGGAGGUCGAUGUGGGGGAGGUUCUUGUGCAUCAUCCACUGUAUCCCCAGCUGUAGUCUUUUUCCCGCAAGGAACCUACCUCGUCUCUUCACCCAUUAUCGCAUACUAUUACACACAACUAAUCGGCGAUGCUCGUGUUCCUCCUACCCUGCUUGCAUCGCCCUCCUUCGCUGGUAUGGCUGUAAUAGAUGCUGACCCUUACAUCCCGAACGGAGGUGGUGAUCCGACCUGGACUUCUUUUAGCUUUCGCUCCGUACGAAACUUCGUGAUUGACGUCAGACAAGUUCCUGCUACGAAUAGCCAAGGGACUGGUAUUCACUGGCAGGUGGCCCAAGCGACAAGCCUGAUGAAUAUCGUCUUCGAGAUGUCCACAGCAGCUGACACCGCACACCAAGGUAUCUGGAUGGAGAAUGGAUCUGGAGGCUUCAUGGGUGAUUUAGUAUUCAAUGGAGGCAAAUUUGGAAUGUGGGUUGGCAACCAACAAUUCACUGUUCGAAACAUCACUGUCAAUAACGCCAACACUGCUGUCUUUGGGAUUUGGAACUGGGGCUGGACAUUUCAAGGGGUUACCAUUAAUAACUGCCAAGUGGGCUUUGAUCUCACGACUGGUGGAUUGACUGAGUCAACCCAGACUGUCGGCGGGGAAGCCAUUAUUGACGCUGUGGUAUCAAACACACCGAUCUUUGUUCGCACGUCGCAGCCUAGCAACGGCAAACUUGCUGGCUCUAUUGUUAUAAACAACGCUCAGCUGACGAAUGUCCCAACUGCAGUUGGAGUAGUUGGAGGAGCCACCGUGCUCGCUGGUGGUACGACUACCAUAGCCUCAUUUGGCCAAGGAAAUGUUUACAAAGGAACAAAUGGCGCAUCAACCUUUACUCAAGGAAGUAUUCCUGCAGCAAACAAAGCGUCAUCUUUGCUAGAUAGUGCAGGUCAUAUAUUUGGUAAAAUGCAUCCCCAGUACACCAAUUAUGCUGUCAGCCAAUUCGUCAGCGUCAAAGACAAUGGUGCAAAGGGAGAUGGUCACACCGACGACACAGCUGCCCUUAACGCAAUAUUUGCCAAGUUUUCGGGUUGUAAUAUCAUUUUCUUCGAUGCUGGGACAUAUAUUGUAACCCAGACCCUCACCAUACCUGCAGGCACCCAAAUAGUCGGAGAGGGCUGGUCUGUGAUUGCGGGGUCAGGUGCUGCUUUCCAGGAUAUAAACAACCCGAAGCCCGUUGUGCAGGUGGGGGCUGCGAAUUCUCAAGGCAUUAUGGAGAUUAGCGACAUAAUAUUUUCCACCGUGGGACCCACUCCGGGUGCGAUAGUAGUUGAGUGGAAUGUCAAACAACCUGCUGGACAAAACGGUGGAGCCGGAAUGUGGGACUCGCACAUCAGGCUCGGAGGCGCUGCGGGAACCAACCUCGAAUCUGCCCAAUGCCCUUCAAGCGGCACUGGUGGUACAGCAGCAUGUUUUGCCUCUUUCCUUGCUCUAUAUUUGACAGCUGGGUCUACUGCCUAUCUUGAGGUAUAUCAUGACCUUGACGGAGAUGGUGUAUCGCAACUAGAGUUGUUUUCUGGAAGAGGGAUCCUUUCAGAGUCUGCUGGUCCGGUUUGGAUGAUUGGCACAGCUGAACAUCAUGCGUUGUACCAAUAUUCUUUGGUCAACGCUCAAAAUCAUUACAUGGGCUUAAUUCAAACCGAGACACCUUACUAUCAGCCCUCCCCUGCUGUACCUUCGCCUUUUUCAUUAAACUCUGCCUUCAAUGAUCCAACGAUCUUUGGUGGGAGUAGCGCUUGGGCAUUGCAUGUCACAUCUUCUUCCAAUAUCCUGGUAUUCGGUAAGAUAAUACUACAUUAUGAGUUACAGGACUUAUCCGCGAUCUUCUGUGAACGGGUUGAAUUUCCUCCCAACAAGUGA